AUGGACAGUGGCUGCACCAACACUACCAUUUGUAAUGGUGAACUCAUGCAUGGACUACAUCAAGCUGAGAAAGAGCUUGAUAUGCACACUAACGUGGGCAGCAGAGUUCUCGAUGAAGAAGGGUUUCUAGGAAGAUUUCCGCCUCCAGUCUAUUAUGAUGAAGACAGAAUUGCCAGUAUUUCCUCACAUUUCAGUCCGCAGCAACUCAUUGAUAAUGUCAAAAUCAACUACAAGAGUGACAUGGUUGCUGAGCUUGGACAGUAUCUUCAUGCAAUUGGGACGGAUUCCAACAAUUCCAUGGAACCACAAAGUAUUGAAGCGAUCUACAUUGAACCUACGAAGGGACAACGUACUGGGCACCGACGUGUUGAAGCUUGGGCUGCUGCCAAAGGUGUUACCUCCAUGAAGUUCUUGGAUAAGAAGAGAGAUUUGGAGACAUUUCAAGAUGGCGAUCAAAUCACAGGAGUGGAUGACACGGAACAAGGUUACUUAGAGGAAGCCUUUGAUCAGGACUAUGAACCUGAAGAUGAAGAUGAACGUGAUUUCAACCUACGUGGACAAUUCGAUGAUAUUGAUGACUCCGAAAGAAAUGAGCUCUUGGCAGAUGCAGACAAUGAUGUCGAUGAUAUGCCGGAACUCAUUGUCAGAUUCCAAGGGGGUGAUGACUAUGAAUCAGAUGACGACGAUUUGGGUGAUGAAGGCGAUGAAGGGGAAGAAACUAUUGUGACCAAUUUGGAUCACCAUCAAGAAAAUAUCGAUAGAGGAACCAAUGAUAUUGGAAGCCUUGUUACUGAUCUGGAGGAUCUACAAGAACUGCUAGAAGAAGAGAUUGUAUUUGAGCCUGAAGAGCCUCAAGUAGCAAAAGUCACUUGA